AUGGGGUGGACGCGGUGGGGACAGGGACUGGCCCCGUGCCAUGCUGUGCCAUGCUGUGCUGUGCCGUGCCAGGCUGCGGCUGCCUACGUGCUAGCAGGCUGGACAUGCAACCUGCACUGGGCUGCUGCCCAAAGCCAGAGGGGUGGACAGGAGAAGUGGGAAGAGGAAGGUGGUGACACAGAGAGACAAGGCAAGGGGACAGCUCUGUCCCCCGCUAUCACCUCUGCCAUCUGGUCUGGGCCCACAUUUGGGGUUCCCGGGAAGCUGUCAGGCACGGAGGAAGGGAUCAGGACAGCCCCAGAGAACUCUCAUGUUGGGAGGGAUCAUAUGGGGCACAGAGGGAUUGAGCCCCUCCUCAGCUGCCACCAAACUCCAGGCAAGGAGCCAGUGGGGACAUGUGGCUGCCUGGUCUCAUCUGCAGCUCCCUGGCCAUGUCGGGGUCCCUGGAUGCCACGGUGCAGGAUGGGCACCACGGCCGUGCUGCUGGCCCUGCUCCCCACGGCCACCGCACAGUCCACGCCACCCCCCGGCUGCAGCCACGACCUCUCCUCCCUCUACUACAACCUCUGCGACCUCUCAGCAGGCUGGGGCAUCGGGGUGGAAGCAGUGGCCAGCCUCGGCGUGGUGACCACCUUCGUGCUCACCAUCGUCCUGGUGGCCAGCCUGCCCUUCGUGCAGGACCACCAGAAGAAGAGCCUGGUGGCCACGCAGGUCUUCUUCCUUCUGGGCACCUUUGGGCUCUUCUGCCUGACCUUUGACUUCAUCGUGGGGCCGGAUUUCUCCACCUGCACCUCACGUCGCUUCCUCUUCGGUGUCCUCUUCGGCAUCUGCUUCUCCUGCCUGCUGGCGCACGCCGUGGCCCUCAACUUCUUGGCGCGGCGCAACCGGGCCCCGCGGGGCUGGGUGACGCUGGCGGUGGCCCUGUCCCUCGCCUCGGUCGAGGUCAUCAUCAACGCCGAGUGGCUCAUCAUCACAGUGGCACGGAGUGGGGGUGGCCCCGGGGACCCCUGCCAGCUGGCGGACGCUGACUUCGUCAUGGCCCUCAUCUACGUCAUGGCCCUGCUGGUGGCCGCCUUUGGCACGGCCUGGCCAACCCUCUGCGGCCGCUAUGGCCGCUGGCGCAAGCACGGCGCCUUCAUCCUGGCCACCACCGGCCUCUCCGUGGCCAUCUGGCUGGCGUGGACCAUCAUGUACUUGUAUGGGAACCAGCGUGCCGGACACAAGCCUGGCUGGGAUGAUCCCACACUGGCCAUCGCGCUGGUCUGUAACGCCGCCGCCUUCCUCCUGCUCUAUGUCAUCCCCGAGGUGACGCACGUGACACGGCACGGCCCUGAGCAGGCCUUUGAGGACGACGGCUACCCCACGCGUGGGGUGGGCUAUGAGACCAUCCUCAAGGAGCAGAAGUCGCAGAGCAUGUUCGUGGAGAACAAGGCCUUCUCCAUGGAUGAGCCAUCCUUUGCCAAGAAGCCGGUGUCCCCAUACAGUGGCUACAAUGGGCAGCUACUGACCAGCGUCUACCAGCCCACUGAGAUGGCUCUGAUGCACAAAGGGACGAGUGAAGGUCCCUACGACGUGAUCCUGCCCCGUGCCUCCACCAGCCCCAUGCCUGGCAGUGCCAGCUCCACGCUCCGAGCCGAGGACGCCUUCUCGGCACAAGCCCGGCACUCCAGCAUCCCGAGGGACACCCGGAGCUGCCAGGUGCAGUCCCCGUACAGCAGGAACCGGUGGUGA